AAUUUCCUUCAGCAUUUUGGAGCCUGAAAGAAUUGUUACUACUGAAAUAUGUCUAUAUGUGAAGACAUGUUGCUCUGUAAUUAUCGAAAGUGUCGAAUCAGGCUCUCUGGCUAUGCAUGGGUAACUGCUUGCUCACACAUCUUCUGUGACCAGCAUGGCAGUGGUGAGUUCAGUCGGUCUCCAGCUGUCUGCCCUGCCUGCAACAGUACCCUUUCUGGUAAGCUAGAUAUUGUUAGAACCGAGCUCAGUCCCACAGAGGAAUACAAAGCCAUGGUAUUGGCAGGUUUGAGACCAGAAAUUGUUUUGGACAUUAGCUCCCGAGCACUGGCCUUCUGGACAUAUCAGGUGCACCAAGAGCGUCUUUAUCAAGAAUAUAAUUUCAGCAAGGCUGAAGGCCAUCUGAAACAGAUGGAGAAGGUAUAUAGUCAGCAGAUUCAGAGUAAAGAUGUGGAGCUGACUUCUAUGAAAGGGGAAGUCACCUCUAUGAAGAAAGUGUUGGAAGAAUACAAGAAAAAGUUCAGUGACAUCUCUGAGAAACUCAUGGAGCGCAAUCGUCAAUAUCAGAAGCUUCAGGGUCUCUAUGAUAGCCUCAGGUUACGAAACAUUGCCAUUGCCAACCACGAAGGAGUUCUGGAGCCAUCCAUGAUCUCUCAGCCAGCUGCUUUUGGCUUCCCAACAGGGAACACGUCCAAGUUUCCUGUGGAUAUGACUCCAGUUCGAAACUGGGGCAGUGGGGAUGGAGAUUUCCAGUUCAGACCAUUUUUUGUGGGGUCUCCCACAGCAGCUGAACCUAGCAAUAGCUUUUUCAGUUUUGCUUCUCCCAGUCAUGAAGCAGUGCCACAACCAGGUGGUGGUAGAAACUUUAAAGUGAAAAGAAUGUAGCCCAUCUUGGAAAUAAGAGGGCAAAGUGAGAAAGAGGGGGAAUUUAUAAUAACUAUUGUGGGCCACUGUGCCUUAUUUUUCGAAGUUGAAUUCACUCAGCAUCUAGUUGGCUUUCUUGCUCUUCUCUCGUAGUUUCUAAUAGUAAUUGGGCCCUAGUUAUGCUGUAGCCAUUCUUAUGGCAAGAGUCAAUGCUCAUUCCUGAGGUUAUCAGUUUCCUUGUGCUAUUAGUUCUACAGAGUUUGCUGCUUGCUGUGAGAAAGUUAGUGAAGAAGGAAGGCUUUGGACUUUAUUCUUUUGCCUGUGUUAUUUUGAAUAAUGAAUGCACUGUUUUAUUAAACUUAGAUUUAUUGUGAACUGUUGCUUAUCUAUGAUCAGUAAUACGCAGACAAAUGUGGGGAUGUAUUGGGAUUUAGAGCAUCAUUUAAGCUUACUGUAAUUAUCUGGCUUGUAUGACAACACAUUGCUAUAUCCAUAAAAUAUUAAAUGUUGGAAUAUUUGUAUAUACAUAUGUAGCACUGUGGCUUCUUUUAAGUUGUAUAUGUAUUUACCUGUGUAUGUAAGUUCUAAUAUUUAAUUGUCAUUUUAUUUUAUACUUGAAUUUUUAUCAUUUUUAUGUAUAUAUAAUUUGGGAAAUACAUAUGAAUCUA